UUUGCGUUAGCGCAUGCAGACGCGAGGCAGGGAGCGAAGGCAGUGGGUGCCUUUUCUUUAGUUACUCUGAUUAUGGCACCAUCAGGAAGAAAAUCUGCAGGAAAAACUGCUAAAUUGGCACAGGAAGAUCCAGUUGUUCAUGCCUACGACUUUGAAGAACAUACAAAAAAACAUCUGAGUGGCUUUGAAGAGGAUGUUAGAGAAGAUGAAACUCCAAUAAUUGAUAAACAUGGGAAAAAAAGACCUUCACUGACUCCUCAUCCUGUAGUUGAAGAUGAAGUUGGGGGAGAAGUGCAGAAUAUGCUGGAAAGAUUCGGAGCGGACAUUAACAAAGCUCUUCUGGCUAAAAGGAAAAGAUUAGAAAUGUACACUAAAGCUUCUCUCAAAACAAGCAACCAGAAAAUAGAACACGUUUGGAAAACACAACAAGAGCAAAGGCAGAAGGUCCAACAGGAGUAUUCUCAGCAGUUCCUGCAUGUAUUUCAACAGUGGGAUACUGAUAUAAAGAAAGCUGAGGAACAGGAAGAAAAAUUUACGAACCUGUUUCGGCAACAACAAAAAACUUUCCAACAAGCAAGAAUAGUUCAGAGUCAAAGACUGAAAACAAUUAAGCAGCUGUAUGAGCAAUUUUUGAAGAGUAUGGAAGACAUGGAGAAGACACAUGAAAGUCUCUUAGUAGGUGCACAAAAUGAGCUUCGGAAAGAAAUGGCUAUGUUGCAAAAAAAGAUCAUGAUGGACACUCAACAGCAAGAGAUGGCAACUGUUCGCAAAUCUCUUCAGUCCAUGUUAUUCUGAUGGCUCAGUGGAGAAACAACUUGUACCUAAGUAACAUGAUACAAUUAUAUACAUUAGCCAUAUGGGGAGGAAGAGCCAGUAUUUUAAACGCCAUAUUAAAAAUUGCUAUAUUUGAAUGCCUUACAUUCAGCUCUGAUAUCAAAGAAACCAACAGCUCAUUGCUGCUUAGCAACAGGA